AUGACCGACGUCUCCUCUCCCGCGUCUGGCAACUCGCCUGCCUCACUCGACUCUCUCCCCGACACGCCCCUCUCGCCGACCUCGCCGGUCCAGACCCUCAACCUGCCUUCGUCCGACGCCAACAACGCCAACGCGCCGGCCGCUGCCAACAAGCGCAAGCCCUCCCGCCGCGCCAACACCGCAGAGCGCCGCGCGACCCACAACGCCGUCGAGCGCCAGCGCCGUGAGACUCUCAACGGCCGCUUCCUCGACCUCGCCGCGCUUCUGCCCAACCUUUCCCAGAUCCGCCGUCCCAGCAAGUCGGCGAUCGUAAACUCGUCCAUCGCACACAUCCACUCCAGCCGUCGCCACCGCGCCAUGGCUUCACGUGAGCUCCGCGGCCUCAAGUCCGAGGCCGACGCCCUCCGCCGCGAGCUCAACGAGUGGCGUGACCGCUCCGGUCUCCCUCGUGUCGAGGAGCCCAUCCGCUCCGACGCCUUUGCCCUCGUUCUCUCGGGCGAGUGCGAGAUCCUCCCCGUGAUCCCCGGCAUGGAGGACGAGGAACUCGAGGAUGACGAGGACGGCAUGCACUCGGCUCACCCCGACAGCCAGAACGAGCAGGACGCCAUCCGCGCGUACGCCGCUCAGGCCCAGGCCCAGGCCGUCGCCCUCCAGCGCGCCCAGCUCUCGCGCCAGGGCCCGCUCAUCUCCUCGCACCAGGGUGUCGCCUUCGACAACCCGGCUCUUCCCCAGCAGUCUCUCUACGAGCCCAUCCCGCCUCAGUACCAGCAGCAGCAGCAGCUCCAGCAGCAGUACAACCUCUUCGACGACAAGCACGCCUGGUCCGCCCAGCUCGUCGCUGCCCAGCAGCAGAUGCAGCUCCAGGCGCAGGCACAGGCGCAAGGCUACACUACCCCGCCCGGCUCGGCCCACGGCUACACGCCCCCGAGCUCCGGCUACGGCACCCCGCCCGGCGGCUACUUCGCCGGCGGUCGCAUCGGUGGCGGCCUCGUCCGCGGCUCGCCCGUCGACGAGCUCUACAGCGACUCGUCGUCCGUCGGCAGCGGCCGCAACCGCUCCAGCUCCUUCGGCGCGGGCGCCCAGCCCUUCGACAUGCCGCACGACCCCACCUUCAGGAAGCGCAUUUCCGUGGGCGCCGGCUACCCGGGCUUCCCGCUGAUGGCCUGA